GGGUUAUUGUCUGCGUCGAGUCGACCACGAUCGCUGUCGACGUUUGAAGCACUGGAAAUAGCUGCGCUGCAGGGAACAUGUCCCCCGGCCACCGAGGCACUUCCGCAUGACACGCUGCUGUCGCGGGCCCUCACGCUUGUACGGUGGAGGAUGUCGCUCGCUGCAUAAAAUCCAUGCUGGUGAUCGCAGGUGCUGCUGCACUCGUUGGCUCCCCAACAUGCCAUGGACUUGGCCAUGGCGACAGUCCAGAACUCUCCCCCCGAAGUUCAACAAGUUGCGCGCUACUUGGGCAUGCUUGUCUUGGGAUGCAUUCAAGGCGUAAGCAAGGAAGCGCUCAUGCGACCAAGCUUCAUCGCUCGUGGGUUUCCGUCAGACUACUGGACGACCCAUGUCGCUUGCGGCCCCGUUCAGCGAGUGCUGUCCAUGCUUCCCGAUAUUCCAGUCCCAACCGACUACAGUCCUAGUGGUGGGCAGGAGGCGCCCCCCAUCAAACGGUCGUCGUCCUCUCACAGGUCGAAUGGCUAGCGCAUGUUGUUUCGUCGCUCCACGUGAUAUUGAGCUUGUUCGGAGCCGCAACGUCGAUCCAGAACGGAUUGGAACGACUCGAGGAUGGAUUUUACCACGCCCACACUGCCGUGGCGACCUCCCUUGGCAUCUUGUGGGGUGCGGAGCUCGCG